AUGCCGAUCAAAUCGGAAAACGGAGUGAAGGUCGGUGAGACACUAACAGUUAGACUGGUAAAGGGACUAAUAAGUGAGAACAAACCGCAGGACGUUUUCUUUAAAACAUACUCAGUAGCUGUCACAAGCAUCGAUGAAGUGGAAGAUGUGGUGGACAGAAACGCCGAGGUAAUCCAGGUUAAGCUGGAAGGCUACCAGGAAAGGGGAAGCAACUGGAGGGUACUAGGUCUGGAAAAGCACGAAAUAAACAUAACAAAGUGCAAGCCACUGAAAGGGAGUUCAUUUAUAGACACACCACCAAGUAUAAAGUACAGUAGAAACAGUCUGUUGAACACACACAACGAAGACGACAAGUGCUUGUUAUGGCGCCAUGUAAGACACCUUAACCCGUACAAGAGAAACGCACAAUGGGUGAGAGUCGCGGAUGAGGAUUCGCAGAGACACUCAACUAUGAGGGCAUAG